AGCUUUUGUGUUACGACUUAAACUGGCUGUUCAUCGCGGCCUACAUGAAAAUUAACCCAAUGGACUUAUGCAACCUAUGAAAGACAUAGUACACGAUGACAAACAAUUCAACAUGAGCGGAACAACAACGUGCACCAUAUGCAAACAACCUUGUGGCAGUCGUACUUCUGAAGGACUCUGUUAUGCUUGUACAUUGCUGAAGAAUGACUCAAUAAAAAGCAGUAGAGUCAAAUGCCUCAAAUGUGGUUCCUCAAGCAGACAUAGCAAUCGGGGCCUUUGUUCGAAGUGUACAACAGAUGCAGGACUUCCACCAGUAUUACAGUCAGACGAAUCUUCGGAAAAACGAACAUUUAUUAGUGAUGUUAACAGUAACAAAUGAAAAUGACAGACAUCUCCAGAAAUGAUCACUAUUCACGACGACAAUAAAAUUCAAAAAUACAUAAUGCCAGUACUACACGAAACAGCAAUCCGAAUGAUUAACAAUAACUACCAUUUUGCACAGUACGUGGAAGAAACAGUACAAGGCCCACAAUUAAAUAUACCAGUUCA